AUGGAAGAGUAUGAUUGGGACCCUCUCGUCCCCAAGGCUGGUAAAGGGAAGAAGGCCCCGGCCGUGCUUCCUCGACCGAGCACGCCGGUUGCGGCCGGACCCAGGGUGGCGGCCCCUCCUUCUGUUAGAGCAGUGAUCGCGACCUCAACUGCGGCCCCAACCCCCAGAGCUCCGGCUGUGGUGGGGGCGCAAAAAACUUCGGCGCAUAGGACCAUGCCAUCCGCCCCGCCGGCUCGACCGAUCAUUGCCGUUUGUAAGCCCUCUUUCUUUUUGCUUUCCCCCCCGGGUCGCAAGAAGGAUCGAGAGGCCUCAAACACUGGGGCCGCAGCGGUUGAGGCCGUGACGGCCGAAGGUGUUGCCAUUGAGACGGCGGUGCUAGAGCGGCCGAGGAAAAUGGUCCUCCUCGUUCUUUCGGAGGCCGAGGAUGAGGAAGAAGUCCCCCCUGGGAUCGUGAGUGAAGCUCCUCUCGUGACCGUAAGUACUCCUCCUUGA